AUGGUUCCAGAAGUAGUGGCUGGAGCGUUUCUAUCCUCUUUUCUCUCUGUUCUGUUUCAUAGGAUGUCUUCCCGUCAGGUUCUUGACUUCAUUAGGGGACGGAAAAAAACCCAUAAGCUGCUUGGGAUGUUGAAAAUGAAGCUGAGAUCGGUUAAUGCACUGCUAGAUGAUGCAGAGGAGAAGCAAAUCAGAAACACAGCAGUGAGAGAGUGGCUUGACGAGCUUAAAGAUGCUUUCUAUGAGGCAGAUGACCUGCUGGACGAGAUCAACAUUAAAGCUCUGCGAUGCAAUCUGGAAGCUGAAUCCGGAAGCAGCAGCACAAGUAAGAUUACAAUCCUAAAUUCCACUUCCUUUGAUGAGAUCGAAAAUGCUAUCGAACCCAGGAUAGUGGAGAUUCUUGACAGAUUAGAACUUAUUCUAAAAGAGAAAGUUGAUCUGUGCAUUAAAACAAGUGUUGAAGGUAGACAACAAGCCACAUUACCUACAACAUCUUUGGUAGAAGACAACAGUGUGUAUGGAAGGGAUGGGGACAAAGAUACUAUUAUCGAAUUAUUGCUAUCGAAUGAUGGAGAGAAUAAUAAGAUAAGUAUCAUUCCUAUUGUGGGCAUGGGUGGGAUUGGAAAGACCACCCUUGCUCAACUGGUAUACAAAGAUCUUAGAGUGAAGCAACAUUUUGACCUUCAAGUAUGGGUUUGUGUUUCAGAAGAGUUUGAUGUUGUUCGAAUAACGCAGAUAAUUUAUGGGGCAGUUAGUUCACAAACUUGUGACAUGACAGACCUCAACCUACUUCAAGUAAAACUUCAGGAGGCUUUGACAGGGAAGAAGUUUCUCUUUGUUUGUGAUGAUGUUUGGAAUGAGAAUUAUAUCCAAUGGGAUUUGUUAAGGCGUCCCUUUGAGUCUGGAGCACAUGGAAGUAAGAUCAUCGUCACAACGCGCAAUGAAGGUGUUGCAUCUGUUAUGGGUACUCUUCCAACUCACCAUCUCAUGGAAAUAUCUGACGAUAAUUGUUGGUUAUUAUUUGCAAAACAUGCCUUCAAAAUUGAAGGUCGUACUGAAAAUUCAAAACUGGAAGUGAUUGGAAGAGAAAUUGUUAAGAAGUGUAAAGGCCUUCCUUUAGCUGCAAAAGCACUUGGGGGUCUCUUACGCUCUAAGGUAAAUGGGGAUGAAUGGAAAAAUAUAUUGAGAAGUGACAUAUGGGAGUUGUUAGACAAGAACGUUAACCUUCUUCCAGCUCUGUGGUUGAGCUAUCAUUAUCUACCUCCGCAUCUUAAGCGUUGCUUUGCAUAUUGUUCCUUAUUUCCAAAAGAUCACACAUUUAUAAAAUCGAAAUUGGUUAUGUUGUGGAUGGCUGAAGAUCUCUUACAACCUAGAAAAAAGAAAACGGCGGAAGAAGUUGGAGAGGAGUACAUUGAUGAUCUCAUCUCACGGUCAUUUUUUCAACAGUCAUCAAGCAUUCAAUCGUUCUUUACUAUGCAUGACCUUAUCCAUGAUCUAGCAAAGUUUGUGUCGGGAAAAUUCUGUGUUAGGUUGGAGGACAGUGACUCACUCAAUAGCGUGAUUAAAACCCGUCAUCUUUCAUUUAUGAAAAAAACAGAUUGUCAUGCCUACAAGAAAUUUGACGAUUUAAAGUAUUUGCACACCUUCCUACCAUUAUCAUUGCUACCUAUAUGGGCAGGAAAAUUUCGAAUGCUGGACCUACAUCAUCUAUUGCAUACAUUACAAUAUGUAAGAGUUCUCAACUUAUCAAGGUAUGAUAUUAGGGAACUACCCGAUUCCAUUAGCAACUUGAUACAUCUACGGUAUUUGGAUAUGUCCUAUACUUUGAUUCAAAAGUUACCAGAUUCUGUGUGCAUUUUGUAUAAUUUACAGACGUUAUUGCUAUCAUGGUGUCUUGCUCUUGCUGAGUUGCCAACUGACUUGGGAAAACUAAUAAACUUUCGUCAUCUUGAUAUAAGAGGUACAAAGUUAGAAAAGAUGCCACCAAAGAUGGGCAAACUGAAAGAUCUCCAAACGUUAAGUGACUUUGUCUUGGACAAAGAUCAUGGCGAUGACAUCGCCGAGCUAAAGGAAUUUCAACAUUUGCAUGGAACACUUCGUAUUGCUGGCCUUCAGAAUAUUGUUCAUGCCGAGGAUGCUUUAAAGUCCAAUAUGAGGGAGAAGGAGCAUUUGAAUGAACUAAUUUUGCAAUGGGGAUGCAAUAGUAACGAUUCAGAAAAAGAUAGGCAGGUGCUCAACAACCUCCAGCCCCAUACAAACCUAAAAGAACUCACAAUUUGUUCUUAUGGGAGCACCAGCUUUUCGAGGUGGCUAGUACAUUGUUCCUCCAAUCUUGUUUGUCUUCGACUCAAGCAAUGUGAAAAUAUUUUACUCCUGCCACCACUGGGACAGCUACCCUUGCUCAAAGAGCUUGAAAUUGAUGGGUUAAAUGGAGUGGUGUCGAUUGACAAUGAGUUUUAUGCUGAUGAUACUUGUGCAAUUAGGCCAUCAUUUCAAUGUCUUCAAAUGUUGAAAAUAAAAAAUAUGUUGGAAUGGGAAAAGUGGUCUUAUGAAGGUGGAGGUUUUCCUAAUCUUCGUGAGCUUCGUCUGCUGAAAUGUCCCAAGCUAACCGGUAUAUUACCGUUAGACUACUUCCCAAGCCUUAAUAUGCUCAAGUUAUGUGGAGCCGGUCUAGAAUCCGUCACUAAUAUUUCACAGGAGCUCAUCUUGACAGACUUAACAGAGAUAUAUAUCAAUGAAUGUAAGAAAUUGAGGUCAUUGCCAGAACAGAUGCAGGCCCUUCUCCCAUCUCUCCAGUCUAUGUCCAUAGAAAACUGCCCAGAAAUGCACUCAUUUUUUGAAGGUGGAUUACCUUCAAAGUUAAAAUCUGUUUCCAUCCGUUCUUGCAAAAAGCUCAUUGCAAACCGUGUGCAGUGGAAUCUACCAAGACUCACCUCUCUCAGACACUUGACAGUCAGCUUCGAAGAGUGCGAAGCAGUAGAUUCAUUUCCAGAAGAAGGGCUGCUGCCUUCCAGUCUUACUUCUCUAUGGAUCUCCAGUCUUUUGAAUCUUAGGACCAUAGAAGGCGAGUUGACACACCUGACCUCUCUUCAAGAGUUGACAAUUCAGAUGUGCCCUGAGCUGCAGUGCUUGCCAGAUGAAGGGCUACAGACUUCUCUCUCUCAUCUACAAAUCUCGGAAUGUCCUUUGUUAAAACGACGGUGCCAACGAGAGACAGGGGAAGACUGGCCCAAGAUUGCUCACAUCAACAACAUAGAGAUCGAUGGGAAACAAAUAUGA